GCAGUAAAAAGGCAAAAAGCCAAAAUCACACCUCAACAAAUCAGCGCAGCAGCUUCCUGCUUUCCAUCUCUCUUUCGCUUUCUCUCUCUUUCAGUCCCAUCGAAUCAAGCCAAAACCGGUUCACCAGAAAAUAAGGAGCAGCGGCUUUUCUGUUCGGCCGUUUCCUUUUUCCGUCACCAUCACUUCAAAUCAUCCGUCUCUCUCGAUAACAUUUGAAGCUUUCAAUGGGCUAAAAAGCCACACUGUCUCUCUACUCCAGCAGUAAAUGCUCCUUCCUCUGCUUUCACUAUCCUCACUCAGGAUUCAUCUCUGAAGAGAACCAUCAAGCUGGUGGAACGUUUUCCCCUUUUUGGAAGGGGCGGGGGGUGGUGUUAGGGUUUUGAUGCUGAAAUGGAGGCAAGAAUGAAGAAGUACAGACAAGUGAGUCCGGAGAGAGCAAAAGUGUGGACCGAGAAGUCGCCGAAGUACCAGCAGAAUCUGAAAGUGCCUGUGGUUUAUUAUCUAUGUAGAAAUCGCCAGCUUGAACAUCCUCACUUCAUUGAAGUGCCAUUCUGUUCGCCGGACGGUCUCCACCUGAGAGAUGUGAUUGAGAGGCUCAAUGUGUUGAGGGGCAGAGGGAUGGCUUCUAUGUAUUCAUGGUCCUGCAAGAGAAGCUACAAAAAUGGAUUUGUUUGGCAUGACCUCUGCGAAGAUGACCUAAUUCUUCCUGCUCAUGGAAAUGAAUACGUUCUCAAAGGUUCUGAACUCUUUGAAGAAAAUAAUUCAGAUCGUUUUGCCCCUGUUGGAACCAUGAAAAUUCAGAAUCUGAAACAAUUGCCAGAACCUGCUUCUUCUAGAUGUCAAGAUGAUUCCUCAUCAUCUUCAAGCAUGAAUAGGGAAACAAAGAAUUCUCAGGAUGAUGAUGUCUCCCCUCCACUUCAGCGUCCUGGCUCAUCAGGUGUGUCACCAGAGUCUAGAGAUGGCAAGAAUUCCUCGUGGAAUGGUUCUCUAAGCUUGACAGAGUACAAGGUUUGCAAGAGUGAUGGAUUAGCAGAUGCUUCAACGCAAACUGAGGAAACUAUGAGCAGACCUAAAUCUCGGGAAACCUGUACAAGGGGUGUUUCAACUGAUGAUUGCUCAUCAGAACAUGAAUACAAUGAUAAUUAUCUGAACCAAGUUCCACGUGUUAAGGAGACAUCUGAUAUAAGUGAGAGUUCAGUUUCCCCUCCACCGUCAUCCUCUAGUGCAUCUUCAUCAGGUGGAAAGACUGAAACUUUGGAGUCCUUGAUUAGAGCUGAUGUUAAUAAAAUCAACAGUUUUAGGAUCCUUCAAGAGGAAGAAAUUCGAAUGCCAGCCAAUGCAAGGCUCAAAGCCACUAAUAUUUUGAUGCAACUGAUAUCCUGUGGGUCGAUUUCAGUGAAAGAUCACAGUUUUGGACUUGUACCAACGUACAGGCCAAGGUUUUCUCAUUCAAAAUUUGCGACUCCGUUGUUCUCUACUUCAUUAAUGUUAGGGGAGCUUGAUUGUCUCACAGAGAAUCCAAGAUUGAUGGGUCUGAGGUUGCAAGACAAGGAAUAUUUCAGUGGGAGCCUUCUGGAGAAAAAAAAGCUCAAGGAAGAAGGAGAUGAACUGAAUACUUUAAAGCGUUCUUCUUCCUACAAUGAAGACAGGAGUUGUAAGCAAACAGAAUCAGCUGAGAACAAUGAUGAGUCAACAUCGGGACGCUCAAAAUGCGUUAUAACAUCAAUGAAAGCCUCAAUAAGCAAGCAACCGAGAAGUGAAUCAAUGGGAUCACCCAUUUCUGAUAAACCCCGAAACUCUUCUGAUGAGGCCAAUGGCUCUGAAGCCAUGCACAGUAGCACAUCUAAUGGCAACAGCAAAAGAAUCACAGAACCUGUUUCAGGCAAAAAGCAAUCAAAGAAGCUUGAUUCCUUCAGAGAAGAGAGAGAGAAGGUGAUCAGAAUAGAGGAAAGGCUUUCUUCAGGAGCUCGGGUUAUAAUUCAAUCCAAAACGUCAUGUGAUGCAGUUUGCAGAUCUUAGAGCACAUUUAAAAGGCAAAAGACCAUGGUAAAGAAAUUGUUUCAAUUGGGCAAAAAAUUAUGUUCAAUGUGUAAAAGCCAAAAAAUACUUUGUUUUAGAAUUUGGUUUGAAAUUCAAAUGAUGGUGUUUUCUUGGCGGGUCCAGAUUCUGUAAAUCUAAAAUGCUAAAGAAAAGAGGAAUAGGGUAGGUUCAGGAGUGGUCCACUGGGCGAUCAGCUUUCAUAAAUUGGAUGAUACCUUUUACACA